AUGAAGUGCACUGCUCUCGCCGUCACCGCGCUAGUUGCUGUAGCAAGCGUCGCCUCAGCUACUGACUACCAGCCGGCGCUCCGAGCCCUUGCUGCAUCGGAACCAGCUACACCCAGCACUGACACGAUGGCAGCGGGUCCUACCGAGCGACAUUCGCAUCCUGUCGAGGCUGCUGCUGAUGUAGCUGCGGAAAACGAGCCUACUGCCGUCAUCGCGGGUCCUACCGAGCGACAUUCGCAUCCUGUCGAGGCUGCUGCUGAUGUAGCUGCGGAAAACGAGCCUACUGCCGUCAUCGCGCAUGCAGACGGGCCCACGAACGAGACGACACGGAAGCCGAGCAAGAAGAAAAAUCUGCGUGCACCGCCGGACUCGCUCUUGUUUGUUAGUUAA